AUGACUCCUGAUUCGGAAAAGUACCUCAAUCUCCCAGAGGGUCGAACUCUGGCAUACACAGAGUCUGGCAAUCCUUCAAGUUCUACACUUGUUCUCUUCUUCCAUGGAGUUUUUGGCAUAGGAGACGCUUCUCAUCCCUCGCCUUUCCUGGUAGAACAAGGUGUACACUUCGUUGCACCAACUCUCCCAGGCUGGGGUAAAUCCUCGCCUCGAAACCCGGCCACACCGUAUGACAUUGCCGUCGCAUCCGAUAUCACAGCUUUGGUGCAACAUCUGCACCCCAAUGACUCUAAUUUCAAGUUAUACAUUGCAGGGGGGUCAUAUGGAACCGUCAUCGCCCAAAUGCUCUAUGGAGCGCCCUUCGAUGUGUUUCCCCCUGGAAGACAUCUUGCGGGAUGCAUGGUGCUAGCCCCCUUUUCCCCAUUUUCUUUGCACAAGGAGUACACCGCGACAAUGACCAUGCCCAACUACAUCGCCGUUGGUCCACCCUCUCAAUGGAUUCCCUCCAGGCUCUUGCAACGCCUUGCUGUGCUUCUCAUUGGCAGGAAGUUGAAGACGGUAGACAGUGCCGAGGUUUUCAUUCGCAGCACCCUCUUUGAUAAAAUGGGCGAAGAAGAACUUGCCGCGUUCAAGAAAUGGAGAGAAGAGAACGGAAGAGGUGAAGGAGAAGUCGAGAGGUCCAUGGCGGAAAAUGUUGUGCAAAGCGUACGCCAAACUUGGGCAGGUUUUAUGGAGGUCUCGGAUGUCAUUCACAGUGACUGGGGGUAUGAUCCCGGCGCGCUCGACGAAGAACACAUGUCCCGGCCAAUCUUGGUGGUCGCGUCCAAAGGUGACACCAUGGCCCCAGACGCAAUGGCGAAGUGGCUUUGCACACAUUACGCGAAUGCGCAUUCCAGAACCGUUACGGGAGGUCACCUCGCUGCUCUAUUUCAAUUAAAUGACUUGUGGAAGGAGCUGUUUACCCUGUAA